GCCUCUUGACGACGUGGCGGUUUGCGAGAGCCUCGCUGCUCCGCCGGUGCAGCUACAUGCCACGCUGCCAGUCGGAGUAGACCCAGCGAGCAUUGCUCCAGCUGAUGAGCGAGAGACUGCGGCUUGAAUCGCACGCGGACGGUCGGGCAAUCGAGUAGGCAAGCUGCUCCUGCUGAGCAACUGUCGACGUGACGCGCGCGCUCACAACGUCCAAGAAGGGACGAGCGCGAGUCGAUAGUCGAUCGGUAGCGAGCCAGCUGACAUGCAGAUCACCGUUCUCGGACUCGAGCUGCGGCUCGAUGUCACGCCCAAGCAGCUCACAGAGAUCCUGGCCUGGUCGGUCGUGACGAGCUGCGUAGCACUCGGCGUUCAGAGUACGGGCAAGGCGCUCAAGGCCGGCAAGGAGCGCGGCGGCACGUACAAAUCUACGAGCCUUGUCACGGGCUGGAAAGCCUAUCUCACGCCUGCGCAUGCCAUGCUUGGUGCCAUCACCGUACUCGCGCCCGUCAUCCUUGCGCCCUGGCGAGGAUUCCAUACGCCGAUCUUGCCCAAUCGCUUUGCGCUCCCUCUGCCGUAUGGCGGCGAUGUCCAUCCUCACACCUGGGUGGAAGCCCGGCUCAUCAGCGGGACCAUCCUCUGUGGAUUGGCGACAUACCUCACCCGCACUGCCAUGUCGACCCUCGGCGCUGCCUUUGACACGAUUCAUGUCCGACAGAACACCAAAUCUGUCAUCGAGACCGGCCCCUUUGCGCACAUCAGGCAUCCGGUCUACGCGAGUAUCUUGCUCAAGCCCAUCGGUCUCGCUGCCCUCUACUGGAACGCCCUGCCCGCGUAUGCGGCAAUCCUGAUCGGCUGCAUACUUGCCGUCAAGAUCGACAUCGAGGAGCAGAUCUUGCUCGAUGAUCCUGAUCUUGGAGAGCAGUACAGAUACUACCAGAAGCGUGUGCCGUACAAGCUCAUUCCUUACAUCUACUAAUCUGCUAUCAUCAUCACAACACUGUACGAUUGCAAUUCUUGCUUCAUGCGUAGUAUGACGAGCCGAUCAGGAGGUCGUUGAGGUCGUUCAGCUGGUCUUCCGUGAACUUCUUCUGAUCUUCUUGCCAGCUAUCUUGAUGCGUCUUCUUGAAAUCUGCGAGACACUUCUUCACAGUCGUACUGACGGGCACAGGUGAGGCAUUGUGCUUCGACAUGACACCGACGAGCAGAUCCGGCAGCCAUUUGGGUAUAUCUGCGGCUCCAGCCCUCAGCAAACGAGUGGCCC